ACAAAAAAUUGAAAAAAGAGAGAGAAACGACGUAGCAGCCUGGUCCUGUUAGACUGUUUCAUUCAACUCCUUCACAGUGAACUGGCAGACAGGUUCAGAGUCUCCAAUCGCCCAAUUCCUUUACACCACCAUUCUGCUGCUGUUCAGGACUAUCGACGGCGUCAAGUGAAAUCUGGUAGUGAAGCUCCCUUUGUAAGAGAACCAAUGUUUACCCUUCCUUGUUUCCCAUCAUAUCCUUAAGCUAAUUGUGAAGUUUUAAGGGGGCCUGUUGUCUCAGCUGUUAUAACGGUGCCAUCUUCACCCAACCCAGUGCCACCUAAAAAAACACUGGCUGCUGCACUUGUUGAAAGUAUCAAGAGGCAAUCAGUUGCUUUAGUUCCAAAGGAAAUUGCAAAGUUAGCUCAAAGAAUUUUCCCUUUCUUCAAUCCUUCAUUAUUUUGACAUUAGCCACCCCUUGCAGCAGUUGUAAAUAGGGUGCUUUUCACUGAUGCAGAGGAUGGGCUGUUGGCACUGGGGUGGAUGGAAUAUAACACGGAUUGGAAGGCGAUUCAACAACGUUUUCUUCCAUGCAAAUUGACGCAUCAGAUUUUCGUUUGGCAAAAAAAUUGCUGCUCAUCUAAAGCACCAGAAAAUCCCAUAAAGGCAGUUCGGAGAAUGAAAACCUCUCCAUUGACUGUGGAAGAGAUAGCAUCUAUUCAGGAGGGACUUAAGCUUUAUAAAAUGGACUGGAUUUCUGUGUGGAAGUUUGUUGUCCCACAUAGAGAUCCAUCCUUAUUACCUCAGCAGUGGCGCAUUGCCCUUGGAACUCAGAGGUCAUAUAAGCAGGAUGCAGCAAAAAAGGAGAAGCGAUGAUUAUAUGAAUCAAGAAGAAGAAAACGCAAAACUGCAGAUCUGCCAAGUUGGCAAACCAUAUCCGAAAAGGAGGACAAUCAAGCUGACAAAGCUGGUGGGGAGAAUAACAGUGGAGAUGAUAGCAUAGAUAAAGCUGGUGAAGCUCAUGUGCACCAGGCGUUUUUAGCAGAUUGGAGGCCCAGUACCUUCGAUCUCAUGAAUUCUGCUCAUCCUUGCUCAAAUAUAAAAGAAAAAAGCCUGCCUAGGGAUACUCUGGCUCAAGGAAGUACUCUGAUCAGGAAACUGCCAACUUAUAAUGGAUCUAGAGAAGCACAAUCCCAGACUGCUAUCAUGCAUAAGCUUCCACAAUUGUCACAGUAUACUCAGCAUCCCUUUAGUUCAUCUCAUGCUACAAAUUGUGCUUCUAAUACCAUGAAACAAAAUCAUCCAGCUUCUGGUAUGACAUCAAAUAUCAGUAAAUCCCCAUUCUGUUUUCGGCCUUAUCGGGCUCGUAAAAAUAGUAGUGCUACUAAUUUCCACCUAGUGAAAUUAGCACCAGACUUGCCACCUGUGAAUCUUCCACGGUCUGUUCGUAUAGUCUCUCAGACACACUUCAAAGGCCAUCAGUUUGGAGUAUCUACUAAGGUUUCUGCUGCUGGAGGUGGUAUUGGUAAUUCUGGAAUUGAAGAUGUGGUUUCUCGAAAUAUUCAUGCUGUGAAGUUGGGAACUACCAAUUCAGUAACAUUGGUACAGAACAAAAGUAGCCCACUGCAAGAAAAUGUUUCGCAUUCACUUCCUGAAGAAUCUGAAGUUGUUAAGGAUAAAUGUGUUCUGGAGGAAAGAUGCUCUGAUUCCGAUCUUCAGUUGCAUCCUUUUCUGUUCCAGGCCCCUGACGAUGGAUAUCUGCACCAUUGUCAUUUGAACUCCAGCUCCAGUACUUCUACUUCUUUCAGUUUCUUGUCAGAAACUCGACCUCAGUUGAACCUAAAUCUCUUUCAUAAUCCUCAUCUAGAAAGCAAUGUUGAGUGUUUCAAUAAAUCAUUGAAGUCAAAGGAUUUUACUUCAGUAUCUUCUGUCAUGGACUUCCAUCCACUGCUACAAAGAACUGAUGAGAUAUAUACUGAUUCCGCAUCUGCCUGCUCAACUCCACACCUAUCUGUUGGUUUGGAAGGAAAAUCUGCUUCACUUCAAAAUGCUCCUGAUGCUGUCCAGACCGACUCACUAGUAAGUUGUGGACUGGCCUCUGGUCCUAAUCCUCAAAGCCCUACCGAGAAAGCUAGUGAAUUGGACUUGGAGAUCCACCUAAGUUAUACGUCGAGAAAGGAGCAAGGUCAUAUGACAUCCAGAAGGGAGAAAGGUGUGGAAAGCAGUGAUGUGACAGCACAUAAUCCAACAAUGUCGGUAAUUUCAGCAGCCACAACUAGAACCCAAAAUGCCGACUGCCCACAUUAUGAGCAAGGUGAUAAUUGUUCCACAGUUAGUACCAACCUUGUUUCAGGUGGCCAUGGAUUGGCAAUACCAAGUAAUAGCAUCAGCAGAUACAACAUGGAUGAUAUUGGUGACCAGUCAAAUCCAGAGAUUGUGAUGGAACAGGAAGAGUUGAGUGACUCUGAAGAAGAAACUGAAGAACAUGUAGAGUUCGAGUGUGAGGAGAUGGCUGAUUCUGAAGGAGAGGAUGGAUCAGGCUGUGAACAAAUUGUCGAGAUGCAAGAUAAGCCAGAGGCAUUUCCAUAUACCAGAAGUGUGAGAUUGGAGUUGUGCCACCUACAACGGAAUAUCUUGACAAGAACAUAGGAGAUCACUUGGAUUUAGCAUGAGAGGGGGAUGAAUGGUAUCUCAUAUUGUUUGGGAGGGAGAAGUUCAUGCAGUUUAUAUGAUUCCAAAGGUUUCUAAUUGUAACAUUGACUUUUGGAGUAUAUACUCAGAUGUGGCUUGAGCUUUCCUUGAGUCAUUAAUAUUACGCCCCAUUUCUACAUUGGGAAAAUGAAUAACUCACACAAAAGUGAUAAGUUAUAAAGGUAGUUAUGAGUGCUAAGACUCACGCUAGCUACUUAUUAAGUGAAACUUGGCUUUAUAUGUAAUUCUUGGGAAGUUCAAAUCGACUGGUCUUUUGGGAGUUAUAGCACAGAUGUGACUAGUACUUUUCCUUGGUUGUUAGGUUCAUAUCAUCUUGACAUU